CGGAUAUCCUUGUGGUCGCUAAGAGUAGUGUACUAUUAUAACUCAUGGUGUUUGGUAAAUAUGAGAUUUCUAAGAACAGGGAAUAAAAAAAGAAGAGAAUUGCGUCUUUGCCGCUCAUCUUCACGAUCGGUACAUUUUGUUUUGAAUUCAAAAAGUUCUAUAAACGUUAUAAAAGUAGCAAAAACAAGAUUGAAGACGGAAGUAAAAGUAUAAUUUGCAAAAAUGACACGCCAGAAACAAACUGCAAGAAAAUCAACUGGUGGAAUUCAGAGUGGUAAGCUCGCCAGAAAAAUUAUGAAUACCACCAAGAAACUCAGAAGAGAACAUAAGGACAAAGUGAAGCGCUACAGACCAGGCCAAUUGGCGCUGAAGGAAAUCAGAAGGUACCAAAAGAACACGGAACUGUUGAUCCCAAAAAUAAGAUUCCAAAGAUUAGUUCGAAGCAUCACUCAAGAAGUCAGAAAGGAUCUCAAGUUUCAGGCAGCUUGCCUCCUUGCUCUGCAAGAAGCUGCUGAAGCCUACAUGACUGGUGUGUUUGAAGAUACCAACUUGUGUGCCAUUCAUGCCCACAGAGUCACUAUUAUGCCCAGAGAUAUCCAACUGGCCCUUCGCAUAAGAGGUGUGGGACCCCUGUAUUUUUGAGAACUUUCCACAUUAUGUAUGUUAUUUGUUCAAUGACUGUAUGUUAUUUGUUCAAUGAACAUUUUUGCUUAGAAUAAGGACCUAUACCUACCAAAAUAGUGUAGGUAUUUGGAAAUGUUAUUAUGUUGUAAAGAUUAUUUUGUUAUAUUAGGUUAAACUAUUCCUGGUUAGACUUUCAAUGAGUUGAAUUUAUGUUUGAACAUUCUGAAUAAAUUUUUAUAUUUAUAACUAUAUUGAAUCCUCAUAUCCCUAUACCUUUCUUUAGUCAUGCAUAGGUGUAUAGUUACUUUGCUGUGCUAAAGGUGGAUAUAUGUAUGCUAUGCUGUAACAUAAGUCUAGACAAUAAUGUAUGGUAGAAGUCCAUUAUAUAAGUAUCUCAAUGUGGAGUGGUUAAUCCACAGUGACUGUUUUCAUCCCUGUGAACUUGACAAUAGUUUUGGAUUCAAUUUUCCUGAACUGAAAUAUAACUUUAAUCUUUAUAAGACACAAUAUUAAUUCGUUUCCACUGAGUGGAAUUCAUUAUAGUUAACCCUUUAUUAUUAUUUUUUUUAUAUGUAUUUAUGUAUCCCUAUCAUAAACAGAAAUGUUUCUUGGGGUAAUAAAGACAAUCAAUCAA